UCUCUCUCUCUCUCUCUUUCUCUCGCACCUCCAUCCACCAAACAAAAACCACAAUGCAGAUCGCCCACCUCCUAGCCCUCAGCGGCCUCAUGCUCGCAACCACCGCCACCGCCGGCGGGGAGCUCGACCGCAACGACGUCCCCAGCCCCUGCUGGGAGCCGUGCGGCCCCGUCGUCAACAUCUCGCACGCCUGCGACGCCCAGACCGACAACGACCGCGCCGAACUCCAAUGCGUCUGCGGGUGGGACCGCGCCGCCACGCUCAUCCCGCUGUGCGAGGCCUGUAUCGGGUAUUACCGGACCCAGCAGCAUCACGAUCACGAUCACGACGAUGACCAUGACGAUGACAACGAUGAUGAUGAUGACAAUGACCAUGACCGACACGAUAACGGUAUGCAUUACCCCUUCAUGCACCUUUAAGGCAAAGUGACCCGCAGCGGAGCAUCAAACUAAUCUGCUGGCGCCGGGCGGCUGGGGCAGACGCAUACGAUAUCCUGACCUCAUGCUCCCUUUCAACCACCACCUGGAACCCGGCGGCUGCGACCUCGGUGCUGAGCGCGGUGAAUGCGUCGAUGACUGGG